CACAGACGGAGGAGGUUUGUGGAAGUGCUGGCACUCGGUUUCCGCAGGGUUCAGCAAGUUUUGCAGGACAGGAAAGGAGGGGGGCGCUUAGAUCCUGGAGGGUCAACAUUUGAUUGUUGGCCGUACCAAAAGGGAGGCCGGAUUGGUGCGAGAGCUCCUAAGAAGGGCGCAAAGGGGUUGGCUAGGUUGUACGACCGCAUCACGCAUACUCAGCGAGCUGGGCUUUUAAAGCGCUGUAGAGUUUGAUCUUUGGCGCCACCUUUCUGUUGAGUCAUUGCUUGUUGGCAGCAGUAGUAUCUACGAACGAGCUGACCGUUGCUGAGAGGAGGCUGCUCUUGUUGGUUCAGUAGCGGCCGGCGGGUGGGGCGGCGGCAGCAAUGGCCGAUAAGCUGACGCGUAUCGCCAUUGUGAGCGCUGACAGGUGCAAGCCAAAGAAGUGCCGGCAGGAGUGCAAGAAGAGCUGCCCUGUCGUGAAGAUUGGAAAGUUGUGUAUUGAGGUCACGCCCGCUUCCAAGGUUGCGUAUAUCUCUGAGGAGCUGUGCAUCGGCUGCGGUAUCUGUGUUAAGAAAUGUCCCUUUGAGGCGAUCCAGAUCAUCAACCUCCCUAAGAAUCUCGAGAGGGACACCACGCACAGAUAUGGCCCCAACACCUUCAAGCUGCACAGGUUGCCGGUCCCCCGGCCUGGCCAAGUCCUGGGUCUGGUGGGGACCAAUGGUAUUGGGAAGUCGACGGCGCUCAAAGUCCUGGCUGGGAAGCUGAAACCGAACCUGGGGCGCUUUGAUGACCCCCCAGACUGGGAGGAGAUCUUGACGCACUUCCGAGGGAGCGAGCUGCAAAACUACUUCACAAAGGUGCUGGAAGACAACCUGAAGCCGACAAUCAAGCCGCAGUAUGUGGACCAUAUUCCGCGCGCAGUGAAGGGCAAUGUGGGGGAGGUGCUGUCGCAGAAGGACGAGCGGGGGGAGAAGCAGAAUCUGCUGGACGUUCUAGAGCUGAACCAGGUGCUGGACCGCAAUGUGGAGGACCUGUCGGGUGGCGAGCUGCAGCGGUUUGCGAUCGGCGUGGUGGCUGCGCAAAAAGCUGACGUGUACAUGUUUGACGAGCCGUCCAGCUACCUCGAUGUCAAGCAGCGGCUCAAAGCGGCGCAGGUCGUGCGGUCACUCCUACAUCCAGAAAGCUACGUGAUCGUGGUGGAGCACGACCUGAGCGUGCUGGACUACCUGUCCGACUUCAUCUGCUGCCUGUACGGCAAGCCCGGCGCAUACGGCGUGGUCACGCUGCCCUUCUCCGUGCGCGAGGGCAUCAAUAUCUUCCUCGCCGGCUUCAUCCCCACCGAGAACCUGCGCUUCCGCGACGAGUCGCUCACCUUCAAGGUGGCGGAGACUGCAACUGAGACAAAGGAGGAGUUGCAGUCGUAUGCGCGGUACAAGUACCCCGCGAUGAAAAAGACGCAGGGCAGCUUUACGCUGCAAGUGGAGGAGGGCGAGUUCACGGACUCGGCGAUCGUGGUGAUGCUGGGAGAGAACGGGACGGGGAAAACCACAUUCAUCCGGAUGCUCGCGGGCCUGCUGAAGCCGGAUGAAGACGACCGUGCGGAGGUGCCGGAGUUCCACGUGUCAUACAAGCCGCAGAAGAUCAGCCCCAAGUUCCAGAACACGGUGCGCCUGCUGCUGCACAAGAAGAUCCGCGAGUCCUACAUGCACCCGCAGUUCAACACCGACGUCAUGAAGCCCCUCCGGAUCGACGAGCUGAUGGACCAGGAGGUGAUCAACUUGUCGGGCGGUGAGCUGCAGCGCGUGGCCAUCGCGCUGUGCCUGGGCACUCCUGCCGACAUCUACCUUAUCGACGAGCCCAGCGCGUACCUAGACUCGGAGCAACGGAUAGUGGCAGCAAAGGUGAUCAAGCGGUUCAUUCUGCACGCCAAGAAGACGGCCUUCGUGGUGGAGCACGACUUCAUCAUGGCCACCUACCUGGCCGACAAGGUCAUCGUCUACGACGGAGUCCCCUCCCUCGACUGCGUCGCGCGCGCGCCCCAGUCCCUCCUCACCGGCAUGAACUCCUUCCUACGGAAUCUUGAGAUCACCUUCCGACGAGAUCCGACCAACUUCCGACCACGAAUCAAUAAAAUGGACUCCUUGAAAGAUCGAGAACAGAAGUUGUCAGGGAACUACUAUUACCUUGACGAAGCAUAAGGUUGCCGCGCAAUAGAAGUGUUUGGAGUCUUGUGAGCAAAGGUAUGAACACUGGAAUGAGCCAUGAAACCGUCAUUUGAGUCUGAACGUAUAAACGCGGAGGCCUGGCCGUUAUCAAGCUAUUGUCCACUCUUUCAACGAGCAAGUUGCUCGGCGCCUCCUUGUCCUCAUCUUAAGUGGCCAACAGCAAGACGGGC